AUGCAGCAGUAUCGACUGGCGAUGCUCGCAUCAGCUAAGCUUGGCCAGCUCUGGAUAGUUCAGCAGCUUUAUCAACGCUACCCAGGGGCUCUGAAUGACGCGACAGCACUAGCUGCAGGUCAGAGCGGCCACUUGCCCCUCAUUCAGUGGGUAUACGAGACCGAGCGCCACGUUAUGAGCAUGCACUUCUAUGCAGCAGUGUACAAGGCGUUUGAGACGUCGGCAUCACGUGGAGACUUGCACACUGUGCAAUGGCUUGUGGAUAAUUACGUGAACAUUGUGUUUGACAUCAGUAUCCCAGCGAAGGCAGGACACUUGGAAAUAUCGAAAUGGGUACUGGAACAUGGUAAACACAGGCGCAGAUUCGAUGUAGCGGACGAUGUCGCAGUGCGGGGGGACAUGGAGAUGAUGAAGUUCUUAGUGGACCACUCACUUUUGGAUGGACCGACCCCAGCACCGGAUUUGGCUGCGGAGUUCGGGCACCUUGAGCUGGUGAAGUGGCUGAGUGAGAAUACAAGCAAUUAUUGGAAGUUCACUGUCACUGCGAUGGAUCGUGCAGCAGGCAACGGACAUCUGAAGGUUGUGAGGUGGUUGCACGACAACAAGAAGGUGGGAUGCACCACUAACGCAAUGGAUCUGGCUGCAGGGUCCGGACACCUGGUUGCACUGCAAUGGCUCCAUUUAAAUCGACGUGAGGGAUGCACAGCAAAGGCAAUGGAUAACGCGGCGAUGAGCGGACAUCUGGAAGUUGUGAAGUGGCUACAUAAGAAUACAGCGGCAGGGUGUACAACCGCAGCGAUCAAUUAUGCCGCGCACAAGAACCACUUGAACGUCGUGCAGUGGCUCCACGGAGCACGCGAUGAAGGCUGCACACCACAAGCUAUGGACUGGGCGAGUGAAGCAGGUCACUUUGACAUGGUCAAGUGGCUACAUGACAAUCGAAGUGAAGGAUGCACAGCCCUAGCGAUGGAUCAAGCGGCAGCGAACGGACACUUGGAAGUGGUCAAGUUCUUGCAUACCAAUCGCUCUGAAGGCUGCACGAAGCUCGCGCUGGAUGUUGCUGCUGGAAAUGGCGACUUGAAGAUGGUGAAGUGGCUUCUAGCUCACCGAUCCGAGGGAAUUGUCUCGGAGGCUUUUCAAAAUGCUGCGAGCAAUGGCCACCUCAAUGUGGCUAGAAGUCUUCGCGAUUCUGGCUGUACGAGACGUGUGGGGAGCGAUGUUCGCCUGCAGCGAUGGCAGGGGCAGCCAAGAACGGCCACAUGGACGUCAUCAAGUGGCUGUUCAACUUCUGCGCGCUUAAGUGCCCCACCUACGUCAUGA